AUGAGAUCUGAACAUCUGAAAAAUCUUCCACCAGUUCUUAUCGGCACUCUGGCAAGAUUCUUUACACACUACCUGUCGAAAUGCAGUGUUCCAAAACAGCAGAAGGUCAGCAAGACCGUUUUGUUGUAUAAGAAAGGAGAUCCCCAUGAAAUCAGCAGCUAUCGCUCAUGGUGCUUCCUACCCGCUAUCUACAAACUCUUCACAACAGUGGUCACCUUGAUCACCUUGACUCCCGUUGAUCUUCGAACCGGUCGAGCGGGCGCCAGUAAUUCUUCCAUUUGUCCCGAUCGCGUGUCAGAGUAG